GGGCCCAACCUUUUUCUACGCAUUACGUAAAGUAUUUGUUAUCGCCUACAUCUCUUCUUCUUCUUCUUCUCGCCGCGAGAAAAAGACAAGGCCACCGUCACCGAUGGCACGCGACGCGACAUCGACGUGGUCCGAUCUCCUCGGCGGCGUCAUCUCCGAGUCCCACCGCAUCGUCGCCGCCCACUCCCGUCACUUCCUCGCCCUCUCCGUCCUCUUCCUCCUCCCUUUCUCCUCCAUCCUCGUUGCUGCCCCUUCAUUUUUCUUCACCUCCGCCCCCUCCACCUCCUCCCUCUUCUUCUCCCAUCGCCACCGCCUCCCAUCCCUUGCACCUCCUGUCCUCUUCUCUUUCGCCGCCCUAUUCCUUCUCUCCGCCUCCGCUGCCAUCUCCGGUAGCGCCCACCAUGGCUUCUACGGCCGCCCCGUCAAGAUCCUACCCGCCCUCCGCUCCCUCCCCGCCCGCCUCGCCCACCUCACCGCCACCCUCGCAGCCGCCCUACUUCCCCUCGCCACUCUCUUCCUCCUCCUCGCCUCCCUCCUCCUCCUCUCCCUCAAAGCCCUCACCUUUCUCCACCUCCCCCCUCGCCUUUCCCCCUUUCUCUACUCCAUCUUCGCUGCCUUCGCUUUCCUCGCCCUCCUCCACCUCCAUCUCACCUACUUCCUCGCCGGAGUCAUCGCGAUUUUGGAAUCGAGUUGGGGUUUUGCGCCGCUCCGCCGCAGCGCCUACCUGAUAAAGGGGAUGCGGCCCGCUUCCCUGUGCCUCAAUCUCUUCUUCGCGGUCGCCAUCGGGCUCACUCUGUGGGGCUGCGCUGUGGGAAAUCCGGGGAGCAUGGCGGCGGCGGCGGCGAUCGCCCGCACGGUGUUCGCGACGGGGAUCACGGCGGCGUUGCUGCUGUACUGGAUGGUGGCGGCCGUGGUGGCGUACAUGUACUGCAAGGCGUUGCAUGGGGAGCUCGCCGGGGAGAUCGCCGAGGAGUUCGCAUGGGAGUACGUUUCCCUCCCGUUUCACGACCGCUCGGUGCCGCAUGCUGUUUCGGUGAUUCGCCGGUGAGAUCGCAGUGGAGUUGUUGAAGAAAGUACAGUCAAAGGAAGAUUUUAUCGAAUCUUAAAAGAUCUUUAUGCGUAGAUUUUAAGAAGUAUCUUUGUAAAUUUUUUUCAUGAUCUUUGGUUCUUUCCAGGCCUCUCAAAUCAAAUCACAUACACUGCCGUUGUUAAUC